AUGAGGGUGAUUGUGGGCUUUGAGCACCUGAUGUGCAGGGAGAGGCUGAGAGAUGCUUUUGUUCAGACUCUGAAAGAAACAGCUCGGGGCACGUCAGCAGUGUGUGUCAGUACUUGGUGGGGCAGAGCUGUUGAGUCCCAGAGCGAGGGACAGUGUGCCCCAGUGGACUCUCUGUGGCGACGUUACAGUGAAUUUGAGUUGUUGAGGAAUUAUUUGUCAGUAACCUAUCCUCAUAUUGUUGUUCCACCUUUGCCAGAAAAAAGGGCUGACUUCGUUUGGCAUAAGCUGUCGGCAGAUAAUAUGGACCCAGAUUUUGUGGAAAGAAGAAGAAUUGGUUUGGAAAACUUCUUGUUACGUGUAGCUUCACAUCCUGUUCUUUGCCAAGACAAAAUCUUUUAUUCAUUUUUAACACAGGAAGGUGGAUGGAAAGAAAUGGUGAAUGAGACUGGAUUUCAGUUAAAGGUAAUUACU